CUGCUCUCCAAUGACUUUAGUGUGGCGGCCCCGCCUCCGCAGGCUACCAGUGUAGAAGCCGCUGCGGGUUCCCGCAGCUGCCUGGAGACGUUCAUCCCUGACCAGGGUGCCAACUUCCACCCCAGAUCCAGAGCUCGUUGUUGUUCCGGGACGCCACUGGACCUUCUCGCGGAUCCUUCUCCUCCUUAACCUGCUCGUUUUCUUUUUCCUUCUCCCACCCCCGCCCCGUUCCCAUUUCCCAGCUCAAGGGGCCCGGGUAGCAGGUUAUCCUCAGCAUCCACCUGCCCUUCUCCUCCUCCUGGCUUUUGCUCCUUCUUGACCCCUGAACCCUUAACCAACUGGGCCCUGUCAUUACCUUCUUGCCAGACUCUCCUAAACUCCUUUCUUCCCUCUCUGCCAAUCUCUGACUCCCAUAUUCCAGCUAACACUUGACCUCUUGACAUUUGACCCUGACUCUUUCUCCAGAAGAUUUCCUAUCUCCUGUAGCCUGGAUUACUGGAUCUUGAGGUGACCCCAUUAUUUUGAAAUCAUUUUCUGAAACUCAUUUUGAACUUUCUCACUCCUACUGUUCUCCCCACCCCACCCCAACUAUGGACUUCUUGAUGAGCGGCCUGGCAGCCUGUGGAGCCUGUGUGUUCACCAACCCCCUGGAGGUGGUGAAAACCAGAAUGCAGUUGCAAGGAGAACUACAGGCCCCUGGUACCUACCAGCGGCACUACCGAAACGUCUUCCACGCCUUCUUCACCAUCGGCAAGGUGGAUGGCCUGGCUGCCCUGCAGAAGGGCUUAGCUCCUGCCCUCUUAUACCAGUUCCUGAUGAAUGGCAUCCGACUGGGCACCUACGGGUUGGCAGAGGCUGGAGGCUACCUGCACACAAGUGAAGGCAACCUUAGUCCUUCUCGCAGCGCAGUAGCUGGGGCCCUAGCUGGAGUCAUGGGAGCCUACUUGGGGAGUCCCAUCUACAUGGUGAAGACACAUCUGCAAGCCCAAGCAGCCUCAGAAAUUGCUGUAGGACACCAGUAUAAGCAUCAGGGCAUGUUUCAGGCACUAACGGAGAUUGGCCAGAAACAUGGUCUGAUGGGAUUGUGGCGUGGGGCCUUGGGUGGCCUGCCCCGAGUGGUCAUCGGUUCCUCCACCCAGCUGUGCACUUUCUCAUCCACCAAGGACCUGCUGACACAGUGGGAGAUAUUUCCUCCGAAGAGCUGGAAAGUGGCUCUGGCCUCUGCCAUGGUGAGUGGCAUUGCAGUGGUCCUGGCCAUGACACCCUUUGAUGUGGCUUGCACAAGGCUCUACAAUCAGCCCACAGAUGCUCAUGGCAAGGGCCUCAUGUACCGGGGGAUAAUGGAUGCUCUGCUGCAGACAGCUCGGACUGAGGGCAUUUGGGGCAUGUACAAGGGCUUAGGUGCCUCCUACUUCCGCCUUGGCCCCCACACCAUCCUCUCCCUCUUCUUCUGGGACCAGCUGCGCAUCCUGUACUACACAUACACCAAAUAACAGCCACUCUUCCACAUGCCACUAAAUCGGCACUCCUUGGACACUUCUGCCUCAAUGACAUGUCCUGAUGAUUUCUCUUCUAUCCAAGGGGUACAGUCAACCCCGCUCCCCUUCUGAUUUCUCAGGGCUGAAUCACUACAAGGGAUAGUUUUCCGUCCUUCUUUGCUGUUGCUUUAAACCUCCCCUGUCUGUCCCCCUGUACACUCCACACCCUUCUCUCAGGGCUGAACCAGUCACUCCAAAGUGUACUUCCCCCCUUUCUCCACUGCCAGUUGUACUGAACCCCAGGUGCGACUUUAAAUGCUGCCCCCCCCAAGACCAAAGGGAAUUGGUGGGGGGAGACCCAGGUGUCCUGUUAGAUUCAAAGACACAGAGAUUAUAUUGGUUAUAAAGUUUAUUUCUUCAGA